GCAACCAACAGACAACAAACCCGGUUAGAGUGAGAGAUAAAUGGCGUUUGCCGUCCGCGUCUUUCAGUGUCAAUGUUUGUGCGUUUGAUGUGUAAAUAAUAAUAAAAUCGUUACAAUAUUUAUCCGUUGCGAGAAAAAACUUAGAAUACACACGCACGUCCACAAAUAGUCUUGUCACGUUGCCGUUUCCGAUCAUCGAUAGUAGCUACAACAGCGGCCGCCAUACAAACUUUCACACGCGGACCGCGGCUACAGCCGACACUUUAGCAAACUGGAAGACAUGGCGCAACAACCUAAUGCCAAUGGCCGGUCCAAUGGACCUGGCCGAGAUGAUGAUAAGAAACUGUUUGUUGGCGGCUUAGGCAGAACCAUUAGCGAGAAAGAACUAAGGGAGUAUUUCACGCAGUAUGGCGAGAUAGAAAACAUCAACAUCAAGACCGACCCGUUUUCCGGACAAUCCAGAGGGUUUGCGUUUGUACAGUUUGUGAACGCCAAGACUGUGGACGAUUUAUUGGCUGCUGGAGAUCACUUUAUCGCAAACAAAAAAGUUGAUCCCAAGAGGGUAACUAAGAAAGUUAACCCACUGCGUUGUAAAAUUUUUGUUGGAGGCUUAACUUCUGAAAUGACUGAACAAGAUGUACGGAAUUAUUUUGUUCAAUUUGGUCAAAUAUCCGAGUAUCAACAACCUUUUGAUAAAAUGAAAAACCAAAAGAAGGGUUUUUGUUUCAUAACGUUUGAAGAUUCUGAAGUUGUUAAUCAAGUAUUGAAAAAUCCCAAACAAGUUAUUAAUGGUAAAGAAGUAGAUGUAAAAAAAGUCAAGUUCAAUCCUGAAACAAUGACUGCUCCUGGAACCAGGACUGGUCCAGUAGGUGGUGCUAGACCUCCUGCUACUUUUGGCUUGAGACCAGCAUAUCCUGGUUAUAUGGCACCGGCAACUACUUCGCCUUAUGGUACUGCUGCAGAUUAUGGUUAUGCAGCUAAUGCUUAUGAUGCUUACGGUGCAUAUGGUGGAUAUGAUUACUCCGCAAUUGGCUAUGGAGGAGGCAGCGGUGGUGGCGGUGGCGGUGGUGGUGGUUAUCCAGCACAAGCCUAUGGAGGUGGCAAGUAUCGAGAAGCAACAUAUCCCCGACAUGCGCCUUACUGAAUUAAAGAGGCAAGUAUAACGUUUGACGAAUAAUCCUGGCGGACACAAAGACUGUGUUAUUAUUCAAUUUUCACCGCAUUUCUGUAUGAUAUUAAAUACGUACUACCAUAAAAACAUAACUCAAAAUUAUUUGUUAUAUUAUACAAUAGUUUGUUAUUAUUUAUAACAAAAUUAUAAGCCUAAUUGAACAGGUCAAAUAUUAAGGUCUAAUUAUGAUGUAAAUAAAUAUUUAUAAAUUUUUUUGUAUAUCAUUUUAGUAACCUACUAUUAGAUACUUUGAGGUUAGUGACUAUAAAAGUAACUUCAAUUUAAACCUUUAUCAAGAUGGCAUCCUUGACAUUUGUAACUUUUGAGUUUCCUCAAUAUGUUGAAUAUUUGUAUUUUGUUGUUGAAUAAUUUUGUAUAAAGUCACUGUAUUUCUGGCUUCUACUUAGUUCAUUCUGGCUUUGUGAAUAUUAAUCUACUAUAAUAGAUCUAAAAUUGUAUGGUCAUAUAUUUAUUAUUUCCAUGUUUGUGUUGAGUAUUAAUUGCUUAACAAACAAAAAUUAUAUUUUAAUAGUCAAUUAUUUUGUUUUUUUUUUUUUUUUGUAUAAUAUUUAUAUAUACAGAAAUAUGUAUAUUCCAAAAAUUGGAAUUUUUCUUCUUGUGUUAUUACAUCUUUAGUAUUAUAUUUUGAAGACUUGUUUCUAUAAAAUAUGUCUAAAAAAUGACAAGGGUUAUAUAAUAAUUUAAUCUGGUCAUCUGGAUAUGUCAGUUAAUUAGGUAGGUUGUAUUAGAAUUAAGUUUAAUUUAAAUUCUUUUCUUAUAAUAUUCACGUUUAAUUAAUUUUUGUGUGCUUUUUCAUUAAUAAUAAAAUAUAAAAAUCCUAAAUGAAAAUAAUUACAUAAUGAACAUUUUUUUUUAUCUGUCAUGUUACAAUUAUUUGUCAAACUUUUUUCCGUUUGUAAAUAAUGUAUUGUAAAUUAUUUUUUUUAUUUUUUAAACCUAUUUUUACUUAAGGUUAUUCGUUUUUUCUAAUAACUGAAACAUUAUUGAGUUAUUUCAUUGUUUCAUUAAAUAUCAAUAAUUGACACUAUUAUUGAUUGACUUAUUAUAUAUCUAGCUUAUAAUUUUUAAGUAUCAAAAUGUGAACACUACAUGAUUAUUACCUACAUUGUACAUUAAUUUAUUUGUACAACAGUAUUUCAUUUUUUCAAUUAUAAGUGAAAAACAAUCUGAACUGUCUUAUUGUUUUUAAUUUAUAAUCUUGUGAAAUUGUGGUGAUUAAAUACAAAAAUGUAUUGAUAAUUGUUAAUAGAUAUUAGAAAUCAAAUCAAAUAAUUUACUAGUAUAACUAUUUAAAAAAAACUAUGUAUAUAUUUUAUAUAAAUAGGUAAAAAUUAUUAUUGUGAUACAAUUAAAUGUACCUCAGUAUUAUACAUUAUACAUACUAUGUUCCUAAAUUUAAUUUUUACAACUUAGAUAUAUUUAUCAAAUUUAUUAUGGUCAAAACAAAUUUUAAUGUAAUAGCUAUGCAACAAAAUCUUUCAAAAAUAGAAUACCUUAAAAGAUAAAUUGAAACUAAACUAGGGUUUUUUGUAUGGUGAUGACAUUCGAUUGAAUACCUCCUCUUUCACUUUUUGAUAUACUCCUGUGUAUAGCAACGAUUUCAACAAAUGUAAUUUCCUCUUUUAAAGUAGAAAUAUCAUUAAGUUGGUGAUGUAUGUGAAUAUAUUACAUAGUAUAUAAGAGUGAAAAUUGAUUUAUUGAGACAGGUAUGUGUUCUAAUCAUCGGAUUACAGAUAAUAAACGAUUACAUAUUAUAAUAUGUUCAGGCAUGUGUACAAAUAUAUCUGUAUUUUGUUUGACUGUUACAAUCUCUAUCAUACAUAAUUAGCAUCUUAUGUAAAAUAUUUAGUAGUAAUAAAUAUAUUAUGUUCAGUUUCAUAUCUCAGUAAAAUAUGCUAAAUUUGGCCUUUAA